AUGAAGACUAUUUCAAUAUAUUUAAAUCAAAAUAAUAAUGGAAUUAAUCAAUCGAUAACAACAAAAACUUUACAUAGAAAUUUUAAAUAUUAUCAAAAUUAUGAUCUAGCUGCUGGUGAUAUUAAUAGAAAUGCGACUAUAUCUCAAAUCGAACAUGAACGAAACAUAUGUGAAGAAGAAUUAUAUAGAUUACGUUAUGGAAUUGAAAAUUUAUUAGCUAAUAAAGAACAGCAUGAUUUUAAAAUACGACAACAAAAAAAUUUAACGAAUAUAAAAUAUCCAUUUCGGACAACGACGACUAAUAUAAACAAUUUAAAUAAUAAAAUUACCAGUUGGAUAGACCGAUGUACUCCUUGUUGUCGUCGUUGGAGACGAAAUAGACGUCAUAAUAAUAUUAUUAAUCCUAAUGGGUAUUCUCGUCGUCAGAUUUAUAAUGAUCAAAAUUAUGAUAAUGCUUCACAUAGAACUUCAAAAUCUUCACAACUUUAUAGUGAUUCAUUUAUUUCUACAUCACCAUCAAUAUCAUCACGUUAUACUGAUCCGAAUAGACGUCAAAAAAAGCGUAGUUUAAAACGAAGUAUUCGUAAAUUAAUAAAUCGUAUGACACCUAAUAAAAUGAAUGUUUCAAAUCUAUUAAAAUCGAAUAAUAUUAAUGAUCCUCUAUACAAUUCAUUAAUUCUUAAAAUACUUGAAGCAAAAGCAUUAGAUUGUCUUUGUACCGGAUAUUCAAAAGAAAAUACACGAAAACAAAUUUCAAAAGCAUUAAAUGAAAUGAAUCAAAGAAUUGGUGAACAACAAUUGAAUUCUAUAAGUGCUAUAUCAUCACCUUCUAGUAGUAAAUCAUCAAUAUUAACUUAUGAUAAAUUUCCUUCCUCUCCAUUUAAUACAACACAACCAUCGAAUGAAGAAAUAAGUUCUCUAUCAUCAUCAACUGAUACUAACAAACAAAAAAUUAAAAGCUCAUUGAAAUUAAAUGAAAACAUAAAAUUACCAAAGAAAAAAUCCAAAGUAACUAUUGUUAGCGAUAAAACAUCACAAUCAAAAAAUUCCAAAACAAAGAAAAGACCAUCUUCAAAACAUAGAAAAAAAAAUAAACAAAGUUCAAAACAAAAACAUAAACCAACUAAUACAGCAAAAAAACGAAGCAAAUCUCAAACUUCAAAUAAAAAACGAAACAAAUCUCGAACGUCAGAUAGAAAACGAAAUUCAUCUAAAUUAAAAAAAAAAGGUUCAUCAAAAUCUUCAUCAAGAAGUGGAAGUAACAAAAAACGACAAACAAAAACUAAACGACAUAGUAAACAGAAACAAACAAAACCAAAAUCAAAUAAUCAGAUGAAUGAUCAUGAAACAAUUAUGUUACCAAUAUUUAUGUAUCCUCAAUCAUAUCAAGAAAAUUUUCAUUAUUCGAUCAAUAAUUAUUUAGAUAAUUUUUCCAUAAUGCGUUUAUUAUCAAUUUUCUCCCUCUUCAUCUUUUGUUUAUCUUUAUUGAUGAUUAAUGGUGAGGUUGACUACAAUGUUGACGCAGGUCUCAAUGGAUGUGAAGACGCUUGUAGAGCAGCAUGCUUAGCACAUUGUCCUAAAGGAGGAUGUGAACACCCUGGUCCAACUUAUUCUUGGUCAUCAGGUAUAUGUUAUGGUUGUAAUUGUCCUGUUUUUCAUCCGGAUGAUGAACAUUGGUAA